AGUGUUAACUCGUCUCUAAGAUCGUGCGGUUGUGGUUGUUUGAACAGUACCCAACAGCGUGUGUGAACUAAUCGGCGUGUGUAAAAUUAAAAUCAACACAUUUCUUAUAUUUUCCACUCACUAAAAUACCGGGAAUUUAGUAUAAAUUAAGUUUUGAUCUAUAAAAGUUGAAUAAAUCCAUAUAAAAAUAGUUAAAUUUUAAUAAAAAUCGCAUUUAUUGGUUUGUGUUCGUUUUAUAAAUAACGUCAUACAGACCAUCAAAAGCAAAUCAAUUAAUUGAGUUAUAAACAAAAAAAAGUAAAAAAAAAACACUGCAAUAAAAUAACAACAAUUUUACAAUGUUAAUUUAUAACAAAGUUUUAACCUCAAUAUGUUUACUUCUACAACUGCUUACCCACAUAAAGGCACAAGGACCUCCUAUAUUUGCCACACAGUCCUCAGCGGGUAAUGCAGUUAAAAUGAACACCAACAGACUAGGACUUCAGGACUCAGUGCAAAUAUCACAGGGUGCUGAGAAAUUUUCUCUUGAAUUUCUAAAACAAAUAUCGGAUGCCCAUAUCUCAGUGCCCAACCGCAGUUAUAUGGUAUCACCAUUUGCAGUAUGGUCAUUACUACUACUACUUACCGAGGGAGCGGGGGGCAACACGUUAACAGAAUUGCGCAAUACAUUACAUACUGGUAAUGAUCAGAAUGCAGUGAGGGCAGCUUAUCAUAUAAUAUCACGUUAUUUGACUGUUAAUACCACCACCAUUGAAGUGGCCUCCUUUAAUGCUUUAUUCACCAAUAUCAAUAAACCUGUUAGUCGUGAUUAUGAGGAUAUUAUUGAACGUGAUUAUGCCUCUGCUUUAAUACCCGUCAAUUUUGAUGAUGUUAAUAAUACUUUCACUAAGAUUAAUCGUGAUAUUAGAGAGGCUACUCGGGGUCUGAUACCAUAUACGGUGACACCACAAGAUUUCCAAGAUGCUAAUAUUUUAAUGGUCUCCUCGUUGUACUUUAAGGGUAAAUGGAAGUAUCCCUUUGAAGCGAAAAAUACACGUCCUUUACCUUUUUACGAUGAAGAUGGCAAACUUUUGGGCGAUGUACAAAUGAUGACACAAAUGGGUCUCUUUACCUAUGUCAAUGUUAAAGAGUUGGAUGCUCAUGUACUUGAACUACCUUAUGGCAAAGAAAAUCGUUUGUCUAUGUUAAUUAUACUACCAAAAAGAGGUGUCAAACUGAACAAGAUUGUCAAUAAUUUAGCAAAUGUCGGUGUGAAGGAAAUUCACCGACAACUUAACGUUGCCGCACAAUACUAUGACAAUGAUGAUGACAAACCUGAGGUAGAAGUAUUUAUACCUAAAUUUACAACAGAAUCACAUUUCACAUUGAGUCCUAUUUUAAGAAAUAUGGGUAUACAAGAUCUAUUUGAUUCGUCUAGAGCAAAUUUGGACAAAAUAGCCAGAGAUAAUUAUGUUUCGAGCAUUUUCCAUGCCACGCGCAUUAUUGUCAAUGAGGAGGGCACCGAAGCUGGUGCUGUUACUACCGCCGUUUUGGUUAAUAAGGCCUCACCUACUCGCUUCUAUGUUGAUCGUCCAUUUGCCUAUUUGAUUGUGGAGAAGACAGCUAAUGUUUUAUUAUUCGCCGGCGAAGUUAAAUCUAAUGUUUAAAGUGAUUGCAAUUAAAUACUUAAA